GAGGUGGCAUAGCGAGGGCUGCUGAACGACACCGUUCCUCGAGGCAACCUCGCUGCCCCUCUGCCUUUGCAGGGAGGCUGUGACAAAAGCCGGAGGAAGUGCACUCGGCCGGGGUGCUCCGAGGUCUCCUCGCUGCCUCAGGCGGCCUCCCAGGGGCCCCCAGAAGCCCGGAUCCCCCUGUGGGAGGUUUGAGUUGGGCUCCAUGCCGAGUGCUUUUGGAAGGGGGGGCGCCGAUGGCCCUGCCGUUGUUUCCUCCACUGUGAAUUCGGAUCGCGCUGAGGCUGGGGUAAUGGUGGUAGCCACUUGGAAACGCUGGCAAAUCAACGCCAAGAAGAUAAGAGCUCGCUUCUCCUGUCCUCCUCCCCUACCCCCCUUCUCGCCCCCCUUCACUCCCCCGCUACGGACAGACAAAGAAGACUGUCGAGGUUGGGGUCGGGGCUGCGUUGCGGAUGCUCACGGAGGGACUGGGAACCCCGAGACCCGCGGGGCUGUCCGCGCCUCUCGGAGCCUUCUGCCGCUUCGUCCCGGCCCAAUUUGCAGUGAUUGAGCGCAGCCCCGUUUGUUUGGGACUUAGGGGAGUUCGGCAACGAUAUCGCGAUGCCAGCCGGUGCCUCCAUUGGCUGCUGCCACGAGGGCUCGGAGCUACCCAGCGGGGCGGGGAGGCAAUGCUCCUGCGGCACGGAGCUGCGGCGUUGGCCGUGGGUCCGUCCGUGGAGGGCGGCGUGCCCGGCGCUGGGCGGGAUGCGCACGGGGGAAGGAAGGCGCUUCCACCGGACUGCCCCGGUGCUGUUCUCCCACCAAAGAGAACGAGGAGAUUUCUGCCACUUCCCUCACUUUUAAAUGUGGGCAAACGGUGAUUUCCCGUUGAGAAGUGCUGAAAAAGCUAUGACUCAGCACUCGCAGACCGAACUGCACCAGCGCACGUUCAGCGCAGUUUGAGCGCAGCCUCAGAGCGCGCAGUUCAGUAACGGGCGUUGUUAGCAAACUGAGCAAAGCCUGUCCCUAAUGCCGCUGCUAUUUUGUUUUGUCGUUUAUUUAUUUUCCUUUCUUCCUUUCUUUCUCCCUCCUCCCACCCCCCAAUGGAGGACAUCUUCUAGGUCGAAUUGUUUACCUUCUCAGGAAAAAAAAAAAAAUCCUCGAGUGGAGGAGGUUGUUAGAUGGGAGCCUAUAAUCUAUAUCUUGUUGAGAGUAUAAAACUCAUUCCGAAAGAAAAGCUCGAUCCAUUUAUUUUUGCUUCUUGCAAUAACACAGCUGGAUGAUGCCUUGAGCUUGCGCUGCACGAUUGCUCAUCAUUCAUUCGCUAAGAACCGGCCUAAAUGGUGCCUGUGGGAUUAGGUCAAUUUUAGUGGAUCUACUUCGCCUCAUUUGGUUACUAAUUGGUUUCUUGUUUUAUAAAUCGAAAUCUCAUUUUCAGGAAAUUACAAAGCCCAUGCAGCCAGUCCAUUGAGGUAAUCCGUGGGUCGGGAGUAUUUAAAUGGAAAUGGUUCGACAAUGCAUCAAGUAUUAAGCAACAGUAAAACUUCGCCUCUGUUUCCACAUGAAAUGUGAGCUCGCGAGCUCCUUAGAUCCAUAAUAGAUACAUCGCUUCUAAGGCUACUUAUGUAAAUAUGAUAAACCGGACCCCGGCGGGGGAGGGGAGAAAGCAAUUUUUAUCUACAAAGGUUAAUGUGGCAUAUCUUGGAAAUCUUCCAAAAUAGAUUAUGUUUUGCUUUGUCUUCGGCCACUUUAGCUGGGAAAAUCCUUUGCCUAAAAACGGUUUAGUUAUCCUUUCCCGCACAAAGCUGCUUGUUUCUAUUCCAAAGCCAUUAUUCCGUUGGCUCUCCAAAUUACAAGAGAAUCUUUAGAUCUUGUUUCCAGCGUAAUCCUGAAGCAAAAGGGAGAGCUGAUUUCCUUGUUUUGUUUUAAAUAGACAAUCAAAGGAUUUGAGGAAUUUUCUGCGGUAGGUCAAGUGCAAGAUAGCUCAGUUUGCUCCCCCGAUAAAAGGAAAUUGGAUGUUAAAGCGAACGGAGGGGAAAAAAAUAAUAAAAGGGGAAUAUUAACGGAGAGGUUUUAUCUUAUAAUCUCUAAAGGCAGUAUUUAAAGGGCGUCGGGAGAGCCCGCCGAUCUGGGUUUGUCAGUGGAGAGAAGUCGUCUCCAGCUAGAAAGUGCUGAAGCAUCUGGGCAAUGCGAAUUGUCUCCAGUGUUAGGAUCGCCAGAAGCUGGCUCAUGUAGACGAGUGAAAACGUUUAAUUAGGAAACAUUAACAGCCGCGGCCAAACAGCGUGAGAUUUCCACCCGAAGCAUAACGAAGGGCUCAGUGCUCCGUGAAGAACGACGUUCCCGAAAGAAGUUAACCUGUAAUGUUGAUGAGCUGUUCAUUAACCCGCAGAGGUCGGGUUGUUUUCCCUUUUAGAAGGAGAGUAAUUAGAAGCCGUAAACCCAGAUUAAUAAACAACUUAAAUCCUAGGCGAAGAGCGCAGCUUUAGUAAAGAACAGGGAAACUGUUAUUCAGAUUUCCCUUCCAGUGCGGGAAGCUCGCAAGGAGCGGCUUCGACAGGGCGUCCCGGAGCUCGGGGAAAGCAAAGAUACUGCGGUUUCUCUUCUCCCUUUCUCUGGAAGCCGUGCGAGAAGUGUCAGCUCCUGACUGGCUUCGGUGGGGGUCCCCGGUGGGGGACAGAUGUGCCCCCGGGCAGCCCCGCUGGGGAGGGCGGCAGAGCGACUGCACUUCGAGGGAGGGAGGAGAGCCCGGGGGUUGGGGACAACCUCACCGUGUCCCCGUUAAUUGGCGCGGAGGAGUUAACGGGCAGGAUCUUAUCUCCCGCUGGCACUCGGCGAGGGGUACACGCGGGCAGGGGCUGGGGCGCAGGGAUGCUGCUGACUUCUGAGGGCCGUGGGUUAAGAAGAAGGGGGAAACGGUGAGAAGGCGGGCGAGGAAGGGGCAGCUCAGGAUGCCCUCUCUGUUCGCCACGCCCGGGUGUCGAGCCGAGGUGAGGGCGCUCGAUACCAAGGGAUGCCCGCUCUGCCCGCUGCCGCUUCGUGUGGAAAUCCCCAGAGAAAGUGGGCUCGGCUUCCCGAGUCCGCGCUGUAGGAGCAGACCUUGCCUUCUCCUGCCGUCAAUCAGCAUUUCUGACUGGGAGAAGCCUGGGGCCACUCCAGCCGCACUAGCCCGCUGGAUAACGUCGGACGGGAGCUGGGAUCGCAUCUUUUGCAGACGCUGGACGGUUUCAUAUUCGUGGUGGCUCCGGAUGGGAAGAUCAUGUACAUCUCGGAGACAGCCUCGGUGCACCUGGGUCUGUCUCAGGUAGAGCUGACCGGCAACAGCAUUUACGAGUACAUCCACCCCGCCGACCACGACGAGAUGACGGCGGUGCUUACGGCCCACCAGCCCUACCACUCCCACUUCGUGCAGGAGUAUGAGAUCGAGAGGUCCUUUUUCCUACGGAUGAAAUGCGUACUGGCCAAGAGGAACGCGGGGCUGACCUGCGGGGGCUACAAGGUCAUUCACUGCAGUGGCUACCUGAAGAUCCGCCAGUACAGCCUGGACAUGUCACCUUUCGAUGGCUGCUACCAAAACGUCGGUUUGGUCGCCGUGGGCCACUCGCUGCCGCCCAGCGCCGUGACAGAGAUCAAACUGCACAGCAACAUGUUCAUGUUCCGGGCUAGCCUGGACAUGAAGCUCAUCUUCCUAGACUCCAGGGUGGCUGAACUCACCGGCUACGAACCCCAGGAUCUGAUCGAGAAGACCCUUUACCAUCACGUACACGGCUGUGACACCUUCCACCUGCGAUGUGCACAUCACUUGUUGCUGGUGAAGGGCCAGGUGACCACCAAGUACUACCGCUUCCUGGCCAAGCACGGCGGCUGGGUGUGGGUACAGAGCUACGCCACCAUCGUGCACAACAGCCGCUCGUCGCGCCCGCACUGCAUCGUCAGCGUCAACUACGUCCUUACGGAUACUGAAUAUAAAGGACUUCAGCUCUCCCUGGAUCAGGUCACAGCUACCAAGCCGGCAUUCUCAUACGCAAAUUCAACUCCGACCAUAACGGAUAAUAGAAAGGGAAGCAAAUCUCGCCUCUCGAGCACAAAGUCAAAAUCAAGGACAUCACCGUACCCACAGUACUCUGGAUUUCACACCGAGAGAUCUGAAUCUGACCAUGAGAGCCAGUGGGGUGGGAGCCCCCUCACCGACACAGCCUCUCCCCAGCUGUUGGAGCCUGUGGACAGGCCGAGCUCCCAACAUCACGAUGUCUCCUGUGCCUACAGACAGUACUCGGACCGCAGUGCUCUCUGCUAUGGUUUUGCACUAGAUCACUCAAGGCUAGGCGAUGACAGACAUUUCCAUACUCAGGCCUGUGAGGGAGGCAGAUGUGAAGCUGGCAGAUACUUCCUUGGCACACCGCAGCCAGGAAGGGAAGGCUGGUGGGGCUCCCGAUCAGCCUUACCUCUGACUAAGUCGUCCCCUGAAAGCAGAGAAGCGUAUGAAAACAGUAUGCCCCACAUAACUUCAGUGCACAGGAUUCAUGGAAGAGGACACUGGGAUGAGGACAGUGUUGUUAGCUCGCCUGAUCCUGGCUCUGCCAGUGAAUCUGGUGACCGAUACCGUGCUGAACAGUAUCAGAGCAGCCCACAUGAGCCCAGCAAAAUUGAAACUCUAAUAAGAGCCACCCAGCAAAUGAUCAAAGAGGAAGAAAACAGGCUACAGUUACGGAAAACAACCCCUGAUCCACUAAUCUCCAUUAACGGCACAGGGAAGAAACAUACAAUUUGUUUUGCAAACUACCCGCAGCAACAGUUGGCAGGGGAUAUCUGCCGCGUCCCGACAGUUGCCAACACUCCUCCCUGUGAACACAUCCAGCAACGGGAUGGAAAGAUUAUGAGCCCUCAUGAAAAUGACUAUGACAACAGCCCCACAGCACUGUCUAGGAUAAGCAGUCCCAGUUCUGACCGAAUAUCAAAACCUAGCUUGGUUCUCGCUAAAGACUACCUGAAUACAGACAUGUCCCCUCAUCAAACUCCAGGUGAUCAUCCAGCAGCUUCUCCAAAUUAUUACAACUCCCACAGGCAGUACUUUGAUAAACAUGCUUACACAUUAACUGGGUAUGCCCUGGAGCAUCUAUAUGACACUGAAACCAUUAGAAACUAUUCACUAGGCUGCAAUGGAUCACACUUUGAUGUGACUUCUCACUUAAGGAUGCAGCAAGAUCCAGCUGCAGGACACAAAGGGACAUCUGUUAUAAUAACCAAUGGAAGCUGACACUUUUUUCUAAAAACUUUUGUGCUUUAAAAAGUAACCUUAGAGAUCUAAUUGGAAGAUAUAAUAUGUUUUCAUGCCCUUGUCAUUACCAGCAUUUGAUAUAUCACAGUGCACUAGAGAGACUAACCUAAGGUUUGGGAAGACGAGUUUGUUAACAAAUGUUACUUUUAAAACAUAAAAAUGCACUGGCAUGCAGGGUUAGAGGGAAUGGAGCUAAACUCAAAGUUGGUGCCAUUUGAGGUGUAAAAGAUGGAAGAGAUCUAGGUAGGGAGAACCUGGGCAGGCUAGCAGAGCCAUUUACAUGCACUGUACAAGAGGGGUUGUUUUGGAAUUGCUGCCCAGAGCAGACCUUCUGAACCGUGUCUGUUCCACACAUCCCAGAUAACAAAACUGCUAUGCACUAUCACAGAAAGUUGGAAUGUGAUCCUGUAAAAUACACAUCAAAAUGUGUAUUUCUGGCUAUCUUUUUAUUCCCUAAAGGCCAAGGGUGUUAUGCUGCUCCAUGGUAUAAAGCAUCCAUGGCCAACCAAUACAAAAUCAAAAAGGGGAGAAAGAAAUCAGAUUUGUUAUUUUCUUGUGUACUCACAUGCAUAGUUAUUUACAUACACUUGAUUUGAAAGGAGUCAAAUGAGCAGUAUCCUCAUAAUUAGAAUAAUCAAAUACUAUGCGUGUAUUUAAAAGAAAGAAAGAGGGUCUUUCUCAGUGUAGUUUUGAGAAAUGUUUGUCUUGAUGGAGAGAUGGGAGAUUGCCCUCAUUUUUGAAAGGUUGCAAAAAGGGGGAAGUGGUGUGAAAUGGAAAAAAAUCCUUGGGAGAAACAGAGAGAAUAGACUGGAUGUAGGAGUGGUCAAAGAUACACACAUUUAACCCUAUGACAUUCAGUAAUAUUUACAGCAUAAGAAAAAGUGCUUAUAAAUUGCCAAAUAAUGAAGAAUCAGAUCAAAACACAAAAGAAACUCAAUAGAAUAAGAAAUUUUUCUGUAAAAUACAAAAGCAACUGCACAGCUAUAAGAACAUGGCAGGAAUAGAUAAAAACAUCAUGGAGGUUUGUCCUAAUUUUGUACAAGUGUUGUAGCAAAUUAAGAAAGCAUAGAAGGUUAUAAGUAUUCUGACAUAAAGAGGAGUAAUUGGUAUGGCUUUGAAAAAGUAAUAUACAUUGUUUUCUUCAUUACAGCAAAAAAGAAAAAAGAAAAAAAAAAAGAAAAAAAAGGAUAUAUGAACAUAUUAGGAAUACCAAAAUCAGUCAUAUAUAAGGAAAAAAAUUACUGAGGGAAACUGGGGUUCCAAAAAUUUCAACUGUGUUACAAAUAUUGAUAUUAUCGUGGCCUGUCCUGGAGUUAUAGAAGAUAUCAAAAGAGGCAGAAAAAAAUUCUGUGAUUUUUAAUAAUCUCAUGAACAAAGAGUCACUAACUGAUUAGAAAAGAUUCAAUAAAAAAAAUAUGCUAGAAAAGUAAACUAAGUUAUUUGUAGGCAAGAAUAUUAGACCUGUGCUUCUUCUUAUGGCAUUUACAAGACAUCUCAAAGUUGACUGCAACAGGAACAGGACCAGCACUCCUUAUUAUAUCAAAAUGAAGGUAAGAGGACUUGAGGUGGUUACAAAAAUGAGAUUAGCACUAAGUCAAGCUUCAUUUGUACCCAUGAAGAAUUUCAACAUAUGGGAUUGAGUCAUCAGUGGAACUAAAUAUAAAGCAGCAUGCUAUGGGUGGGUUAAAAAUAUCUAUUUUCAAAUAAAAUUAAUGAGAAGCAAAAGCUAAAUAAUAACAUUGUAAGCCACGUAAGUAUAGAUGUACUUGAAAGUAGAGGAAAUUAACUCUCCGAAUGUGGAAUAUUGUGUAUAGUUCUGAUCACUCCAAGGCAGAUUGUGAAUCUUGAAUUGAGUAGUACCUUACUCCAUAAGCAAUCUCUAUUGACUGCAGUGUGAUCACUCCUGGUGAAAUGUACGUUGAACACAAGGAAGAGCAACAGUCUGUUUUUUAUUAUCUAAAGCCCAUAAUAGAAAAGGUGGAGCAGAGCUCAGCAAAAAGAUAAAGAGACUGAAAGAUCUAAUAAAAACUUUAAAUAAACUGGGUCUGUCAUCUUUGUAACGGAAAAAAGUAUGGGGUAAUGUCACUGGUGUUUACCAAGCUCUGCACAGAAGAGAGAUAAAUAAUGCUCUAAAACUAUUUGAACUAGUGACAGAAAUGAGAGAGGGCAUUGAAUGUUAGCCAAAGUAAAAUGAGAACAAAAUGAUUUGGCAAGAAAUGUAUUUGACUAACUGCCAAAUGAAUAACAAAGGUCUAGAGAUUUUUGUUUGUUUGUUUGUUUUAAGAUAAAAGCAAAGCAAAUAAUUGAAGGGGAGAAAAACAUUGACAACCCAUAACUCAGAGGUAGGAAUGGAUCAAAAUGGACUUCUUUCAGCCCAACAAUUGUAUAUCUUCCAAAAGCAUAGUAACAACAAAGUAUUUUUGAUAAAUUCAGCUCUGGAUAAAUCUUUAUUUCACUUAUUCAUAAGAAUAAUACGGAUGAACUUGUAUUUGGAGUCUCCUUGUACAGUAUUAAAAUACAAUUUGCAAAGCGAAUUAGAGUAGAGGUACACGGUAUCGUAUUAUCCUUACUAAUACAUAUAAAAAAGAAGUCUAACUGUCAAUAUUAUUUUGUAUUACUGAGGAAUUUCCUAAAUUGUUUAGAUGAGUGGGAUUCUGUCAGCACUAAAGGAUUUUAGGGUCAUCAAGCACCCUUGUAAUCAAACUUUUAAUUAGAAGGCAAUAGGGUUUUUGAGAUCAGCUUGUCUAAUGGUCUAAUGGCCACAAGUAGUCAGAAGAUAGUUUGGGCAUUCUGAUAGGCACUUUGGAAAAACAGAAGACUUAUAAAGCAGGCAGGCACAAUAUAGAAUAUUUCUAUCUGUACAAUUUCAUCUAGGAAAAAGCCAGUGUGCUGUGCAAUAAAAAAAGUCCCCAUUGCCAUUUAAGUUCAAAAUAGAAACUUCAAAACUGUUGUUACUUCUCCUAUUUUCAACAGUACCAGUCCACUACAGUGAUAAAUGCAACAAAAUGCACUGUAGUAACUAGGAUACCUGAUAUAUCAGUAGAGAGGUAGAAGAGUCUGUUUCUGCAGCUAUGUUCUGCUACAGGCAUAGGCUGAUGCUCAGUUCCCUCCUGGAGUUUCAGCAACUGUUGCUCCUCAGCACUUCAGUAGAUGCCUUUUGUUAGCUACUUUGCUAUUCUGCUGCUUUAGAUAGCCAGGAAUUUCUUCUGAAUUGACAGAAAGCAUUGAAUGUUGUAAACAUAGACUCUGCAUGCUACAUGCUACUUGUGCAAAUUUGCAACCUUAAUUAUAGCAUAUAAUAUCACUGCAGCUCAUAUAACAUAUACUUUUAAAUAUGGUAUAAAGCUUACCUUUUCCACAGUGUAUUUAUUUAAUUUGAAUUUUCAUUAGUAUCCUUUAGAGAUAUAGCUUUUUUUCCCCCCUUUCUUUUCUAAAUCAAAUGGAAUAUUUCAGAAAAUUGAAAAAUGCAGUUUUUGUACCAAAUACAUAAAAUCUAUCACAUUAACUAAAGGUUAUCACUUUAAAGCAGGUAUGUAGGUUGUGAAUUGAAAAAGAAAAAAAUAAAAAUUGAUGUGCUGUGUCAUUUCUCUAACAUAAAAGUGCUUUGCUCUUUACAGCAAAUUAAUAUUUUGUAGCUACUCCAACAGUGAAGUGAUGACAGCUCUCUUAAAUAAUUUUUUAUUGACAUCAGUGGAUGGUGCAUUAUGACUUUGGUGUAUCUUUUUUAAAGUGGAAAAAACCUCCCUAAUUUUAUUCUUUAAAAUUACACUCCCAGAAUGCAACUGUGAACAAAUUUGCACAACAAUUCUUUAGUUAGAAAACAAACCUUACUCAGCAACUUGUCCCAUUGACUGUAAUGGGAAUAUCUGUGGAGUAAGGUACUACUUAAUAUGUGUAAGGGCCAAAAAUGUUGACUUCCUGUGAGCUGGCAACAGGUUUGUGCUUUUGUUUGUUUGUUUUGAAUCUCAAAAUACGAGUAUGGAAACAAUGAAAGGUGAUGGCUGUAAUGGCUAUGGUUCUGUGAUAGAGUUAAUUUGUAUGUGCUUUGAAAACAAGCGCAUCUCUGCAUGGAAGAGGCUCAGAUGUAUUUCCUUAAGAUUCAUAAGGCUUUGCUGAUGUAUCCACACAGUACUGCAACGCUGAAACUCUUUUCUUUCUAACAUUCUUAAUCACUUUUAUCUGAAUCUUGUUUUUAUUUCUGGACUUGCAGCAUUUAUUCAUUAAUGUUCCUAAAUAUAUUAACUACCAUAUGUUCAAUUAUGUGAACAUCCUGAAUGAACUGGGGGGAAAAAAAGUACUUUUGGAAAAGGAGCAGGCACUCCAGAAAACCAGACUGGGUGUUGUGAAGGCCAGUUAGCCUUUCUUGAGGCCUUUGUUGAGGAACAAAUCUGAGGUGUAUGCUUGAGUUUUAGACCUGCAGAAUCAUGUCUUGCAAUGAGACGUACCUAUGUCUGUCCUAAUGUGGCUGUAGUUAAUACCACCAAUUCAGGUUCUGGUAUUUCCAUGAGUUGCAUAUUUAGUUGAAACACCUAAGGGGCUAAAGGCAGUGCAGGCAUUGUUGUCAGGAUCAAUGAUGGAUGAACAACCUUUUCUGUAGGUAUACUGGAUUAGCUUCAGACACCUUCACAAUGUGAAAGAGGACCUCUUUUAUAUGCAGAUAAUAUUGGUGGUUAAAUAUUCUGGCCAUAUGCACUGAGAAGCAAAAACAAAGCAAAACAACAAAAAAGCCAAGCCAAACCUGAAGCAAAAAAACCCACAUUUUUUUUUCUGUAAUCCAAUGGUACAGUGUUGAUAUAGCCUGCUAGAGGAGUAGCUGAGUGUUUAGCAAAGUGUUUUUACCAAGCUAAAAGCUGAUACAGUCUUCUGUUUGGAAUGAUGUGAGCACUAGUGUGACUCCAUUUCACGUUUCCUUGGAGCAUUUAUUAAUGAAGAAAUUAUGUGAGGUUAACUUCACAGUGGCAUUUAGCAUAUUUGUACAAGAGUCCUGUGGAUAAAUCUGGCUCCAAGUUGCUAGGAAUGCAUCCUUUUCUGAAAAGAGGUAAUUUAUGACUCCAUCUAUGAAACUGCAUUUGAAAAGAAAGAUCAAAUACAGGCAGAAGCAAAGCUUUCUUCUGAUCAGAUUCAGUAACUCCCUUCUCAUAUGGAAUUAUAAAGAUUUCCUGUUGUUCUAGGAUUCAAAAUGCAGCUUUUAAAGAUGUUUAUUUAUUGCAAUUUGAAUUGCAUGUGAUUUUUUUUUCCAGACACCAAUAUAGUGGGAAGUUUGGAAAUGCAAGAAACAGUCUUGCUUACACCAUUUAAAACAUAUGCACUUUUGCAUUUAAAGGAAAUAAAAUCUAUUAGGAAAUGUUCUUUUAAGGCACUGAAACUUUUUCCCAAGGUAAAUAUUUCAAUGCAUAAAAUAUGCUAAUCUAACACAAAGAAAAAAAAAAAGCACUUGAGACAUACUGAAAUAUUUCAUGUUUGCUUUAAACCAAUGAGUUAUACUUUUGGAAAAAAAACACAGAUUGCCAGCAUUUUAAAUACCAUGCCUUGCAAUGUAUAGGGUCUAGUGACAUUGUAGCAUAACAUCUGUAAUUGAAAGAUUUCCUUUGGAAUGUAAUGUAGGAAACACAAUUUAGCUUUGUCAACAAUAUCUUGCAAAGUGUUCCCAUUUAUAAUUAUUUAUAUUGUAAAUAACUUUCUGAAGUAAAUUUGAAGUUAAUGUGCAUAAGAUGUAUUUAUUAUGUGAAGAUUUUUUUGGUUUAAAAUAU